AUGUCGGCCGCCUAUCAAGAUCCCCCUUUUGCCCUGGAGGACAAUACGGAUAAUCGCAGUAGGCAAACACCGUCCGUGACUACCCAGUCUCUCGGUUCCGGUUCCCUCGCUUUUUCCUCUUCCUCUUUGAGACGCUGCAAACACACCUGGGGGAUGCGCAAACCAGAUACCCGGGAUCGAACAGCCAGCUCACACACCCUUUCUAAACACAAUACUAGGGCACCUAAGCUGCCUCGCUACUGUAAUCAACCCGAAAAAUCAAAUGGCAAGGGAGAAGGUAUCAUCAGUUGUAAUGGAAACGACUCAAUGUGCCAGUUGCCAGUUUACCCCCAUCGAAACCACUGCUUCCACGCCCUCCUCGGGUUCGGCCCACCGAGAGGGAAAUGCCAAGCAGGAUCCCCCACCAUCCCGUCCGUCGCUAUUUCGCCGCGGCCGCCGAGACGAUCUCUGACUCUCUCCCUCUUGGUCCCCACCGGAACAGCGGUGGCUGAGGAAUGA